AUGUCACGAGAAUGGGCUUUACGAGUUGCCCUGCUCCAUGACACUUUGUUACAGUCCGCCCAGGAGAAGGCGGCGGCAGCUGCCAAAAGCCAUGCCAGAGCCCAAUCCAACGCCUCCCUCUCUAAUAUAUCCUCCCCUCAGUCUUCUUCCCAGCCAUCAGCAUCUGCUCUUGGCAUUGACUUUGGAGCUCUCCUCAAACGCGAUGCCAAGUCACCGAGAUAUCCGGAGAGAAUGAUCAAGGGGCUUGAUGGGCUCCUGCAGCGAGUUGCUAUGGGAAAGGAGACAAAAUAUUCAGACGCACGAUUCAGGCGAACGAUUGCCCUCUUUUGGUCCUCCAAUUGGCCCGAAAAGUCUUUCCAGAGGCAACUGAAAGAAGACAGGCGGGUCGAAGAUCUCAUUCUAUCCUUUACAUCAGUGUCCGCCAAAUCGUUAAAGAAGGAAGAGGGUCUUGGAGAUAGCGGGUGGAAAGAAGAACUCAAUGUUCAAGUAUCGCUCUUUAUCGAUAUGAUCAAGGACGCUCUGAGCGCUAUCAGCAUCAGCUGGUCCUCUUCCGAACCCCUUCGCCAGCGACUGGAACAGUACCAGACGUCGCUGCGGUCAGCCCCGAAAGACAAUGGAGAUCUCUCCAGGAGCAAAUCCAACAAGUCGGUGGCGAACAGCAUCGGGGACAGAAGUAGCGUGGCUGCAGUGCCUGAGACGCCAAAGUACACUCAAGGAGAACUGACCAAGGUGGUGGAGGUCUUGUAUAACUGGCCAAAGGAUGAACUUGACCAAAAGUCGGAUGAGCUGCGGCAGACUUGCACGCCCCAGGCUGCAGUCAACGACUUUAAAACUAUUUUGAAGCUCCUCAAUACCGAAAAGUCGUACCCGUACAGUGCUUCCGACUUUUUGACUCAGGCCAAAUGGCAGACCUGGCGGGGCCAAGAAGUCUCCACCCUCUCCCAAGUCAUGCUUCUCAUGAUGCAGGCAGACUCUUCCUCUCCCGACCAAUCAUCAACCUCCAGUAUCACUUCUCAAUUCGAAAAUCUCAACCUCGACACAUUUACCCCUUCCUUCACAUUCAUCCCUCCAAAUGCUCGCGAAACAUACCAGCAGAUCUUGGAGAAUUGUCUCAACGCCGACCUGGAUGCGUUAGAAGUGAGGCCGGAUGAUGAAGAAGUGCCAUUGACGAUCCUCUCGGAGAAUCAUACGUUGCUGUUGAAAGAAUGUGCCGAGAGAUGGCGGUUGACGCCAGAGUUUUGCUCGUGGGCGUUCAUGGAUGCGAUGAUAGGACUGUACGAGGCAGGCGAUGUGCCAGUUGAUUGUGUACUGGAGGCAACUUCGAUGAUCAACAAGAUGCAGGUGGAUAAACCUAGCUCCGAGUGGGCGGCGCCCGAGCUGGAGGGUCUGAGUAAAGCUAUCAACAGGCGGGAUGGCUGCUUCUUGUCAUCUCUGAUAACCACAGUCACCCAAGCUGGGUAUCUUUCCGAAGAUUUCAUCUCUGCUGUCAACAACUGGACUACCGUCAGUUCGUCAGGUAACCAGCUCCCGCAAGCCAAACAAACACUGGAACAUCUUUUGAGCUUGGUCAAGAGUCAGGCCUCAGAUCGAUAUAUCGAUGAGGCGGUGGACAAGAUUCGGCACGAAGGCUCCAAGACGUAUGAAUUCAUCAUGCAGAUGGCUGCUUGGGUCGAAAAAGAGACCAAGAGGAGCUGUAAAAAGUUUACCGAGUCGCUCAGCCCCGAUAUCGACCUUGUCGAGUACAUACUUGACACGCACUGGAAUAUUUGGCUCCACGACCUCAAAGACACGCUCGAUCUCGUCCCUUCCGAGGCUCGUCUCGAAGCAUUGGACGACGACUUUAUGCUCUUCAACAAGGCUACCAAGCUCGACGAGAUGAGACAUGCAAUGUCGGGCGGCUAUGGCGGACACCCAGUGGCACCUGCCGACCCACCGAUAUCCUCGCUCUUCCAUAACACUGUCAAUCUGUGGCUUGACUCUGUAGGGACAAAGACCAGGGGAUGGGUUGACUCGGCUCUCAUGGCAGAUAAUUUUGAAUCAACUGUCGAGAAUGGCCCAUCGUCCUCUGUUGGGGAUCUCUUUGACUCGCUUACCUCCGCUGCGGAAUUCCUCAUGGACCUCAACUGGCCAGACGAGCAUCAACUCGCUGAAUACGUCACCCGCUUGGCCCGUGUCAUUGGGACAUGUAUCAACGACUAUUGCACAACGUUGGAGCAGUACUUCAACAUAGCUAUGCGAGCAGUCGAAACGAGCCAAACGGAAGAGAAACAAAAGGUGUGGAUGGAGAAAGCAAAGGCUACGUUAGCCUCGAUGCAGGGGGAGAAGAAGAUUCAGGCCUUCUUCAACUUUACUCCCGAAUCUUGUGUCAAACUAAACAAUAUCGAGUCGGCUCGUCACCGUCUUGACCGCCUCUACACGCUCUUGCGCGUUGACGAGCUGUCCAAAUUGACGUCCCCCGUCAAGCCUGCGAACAGAACGCAAAGGUAUCUCUUCACCGUCAAGAUCGUUCUGGCAGAGGGUGUCGUGUUUGACAAUGGUUCCGGUGCCCGUCAGCCUGAUUCAUUUGUAAUCUUGAGUGAUGAACAUGGCAAACGACAUCACAAAACUCGUACUGUAUACGACGACUCGAAUCCCAGAUGGGACGAGAGCUGUGACGUGAUUGUCAACGGAACGGCGUGGUUUAUGAUUACCGCCAGACACCGGAACCUCACGGGAAAGCACGACCUUCUCGGCCGGGCUUACCUUCAGUUGAACCCAGCGGAUUUCGAAAAUGAAGUAUUGAAAGACAUCCUUCAGCCGCUAGACACGAGGGGCGUCGUGCUGCUCAGAAUCAGUAUGGAGAGCGAGAGGGAUGAUAUGGAGUUCCACUUUGGAAAGGCGUUUAGAUGUCUGAAGCGGACAGAGUCAGAUAUGGUGCGGUUGUUUGUCGACAGAAUGACUCCCGUCCUGCGGCACACCCUAUCUCGUGCAGGAAUCAAGUCCGUUCUCAAAUCAAACAAUCCCCAACCCCAAGUCUACAAUGAAGCUCUAGGCAAAAUCUCAGCAGUCUACAAAUCUGCUAUUGGUACACCCGACUACAACAUACCCGCUCCUCAUGAUCACACUCGCGGCCGAGGCCCCUCGGACGAAGACAUUGAAAGCGCCAUCCAUCCCUUGUUUGAUUACCUGGAUACCAACAUUCAUACGCUGGCAAGCACUCUGUCAUCGAAUGCGAUGCAGAUGGUCAUGACCAAGCUGUGGAAACAGAUAUUGAUGACGAUCGAGGGGUUAAUUGUGCCUCCGUUGUCAGAUAAGCCUAGUUCGAUGAGGCCGUUAAGAGACGCGGAGCUGGAUAUCACGCUGAGGUGGCUCAAGUUCUUGAAGGACUUUUUCUAUGUCGGCGGUGAUUCCAGUGGAGUGCCGAUCAGUAUCUUGCAGAGCCCCAAAUUCAAUGAGAUACUGUCGGUGAGGAUAUAUUACGAUUGGGCUACUGAUGAUCUCAUGGAAGAAUGUGUUCGAGGAUUCCAAUCGACUCUACAAUAUAGAGCCACGAAACGAAUGAAGUCUGUCAAGGCUCAGCGUAAUCUUGGCACCAUCAAGGCAAGGAAGACUGCGAAACGGAAGCAGAACAAGGAUGGUGGGAAUGCGGAGAUGAUCAUGCGCAUUUUGAGGAUGAGACCGGGUACCCAAGAGUUCUUGGCGCAGCAGCUCCUGGCCAUGUCGAUUGUCAAGUUGAGAAACUCGAAAGAGAUCAAAUAG